UGCUCCAACCUAAGAAGGGAGGGAACAGUUUAACUUGAGGCUCCGGGGUUGCAGGGAGAAAGCAUGUGAUCGCCUGAAUUGAAUUCGCUCGCUGCUCGGUUUGUCAUGGUGUGGCUGCAGCACGGAGAGCAAUGGAGGCAGCUUAAGAGACGAGGCUGGGCGGCUGCUGCUACUGCUAGCUGGCUGUAUCGCAAAAGGGAAAACCCAAGCAAAUUUCUCGUCGCCAAAUCAAGCUCUAAAGAAAACCAUUAACCGGUAUAUCCAAGCAGUCCAUGCAAAAUUUUGAUAUUUUGGAAAGGUCUGAGUGGACAACUGGACAUAUAUAAGAAGAUUAAGCUUGGUCUUCCAAUCAUAGUAUGGGAACACGGGCCUUUUCCCAUGACAGUAUUUUUAUACCUGAUGGGCGAACAGAGAGUGAAGAGUCUAUUCAAGCAAUGUCACAAGACCUAGGCAAAGUCAAAACCCUUCAGCAACAGUUGGCGAAGAAUAUUAAAUUUGUCCAACCCUCACAAGUAACAGUUUCAGUGAAGGCAGUUGGGGAUGCAAAUGCUAGUUUGGAAGCAGAUGUGUUACUCAGUAACCCCAUGGAGACCGAGGCACAGCAGGACAUUGUCCUUCCGGAGAGCAAUAAUAAAUCAGGUGGCAUGCCAGAUUCAUUAAGCCCUGAAAGUUUGUAUGGAACAAGGCAUGAAGUAGAAGAUAAGGUCACACCAGUCAAAUCAUCUCGUCCAAAAAGACAUCACUCACCUUCUGGCACAAUUGAAACAGUCAACCUUGAUGCAAUCCCCCUGGCAAUUGCCCGUCUGGACAAUAGCGCAGCAAAGCACAAACUCUCUGUUAAGCCAAAGAAUCAGAGGGUUUCCAAAAAGCACAGAAGGUUAUCAAAGGAGAUACAAAGUAUAGUAGUGGAUGAGUUUGAACAAGAAAUCCUAGAACCGCAAAAGUAUGAAGAUAAAAUCUCAAAACAUGAUGGCUAUCAUGUUGCAGGCAAGCCAAUCCAGCAUAGACAAAGCCAAGAACAGAAAGCAGAAGGCAAACGAAAACUAGAAGAUCACUGGGGAAACCUUGAGGCUGAGAAGAAAAUACAAAUGGCUGAUAUGGAACACAAAAUACUUCAACAAUGUGAAGAAAGACAAAGGGAACAAGAAGGAAAAAAGCAGAAGCUUCAGGAGGAAGAUCAGGUUUUCAAAAUGGAAGAGAGAAAGGAUCAAGAAAGGAAGCAAUGUCAUGAAGAACAAAGGCACCCAGAAUUUCAGGUUCAGAAGCACAAAGGUCUGGAGGAACAGAGGAGGAAUGAAGUGGGCCUUCAGGAACUGGAGGCACCAAUGCAACAGGAAGAAGAAAGACAUCAAGAACUGGAGGCGCAAAGGCAACUGGAAGAGCAAAGGCAGCGAGAACUGGAGGUGCAAAGGCAACUGGAAGAGCAAAGGCAGCAAGAACUGGAGGAGAAAAGGCAACUGGAAAUGCAAAGGCAGCGAGAACUGGAGGUGCAAAGGCAACUGGAAGAGCAAAGGCAGCGAGAACUGGAAGUGCAAAGGCAACUGGAAGAGCAAAGGCAGCAAGAGCUGGAGGAGAAAAGGCAACUGGAAGAGCAAAGGCAGCAAGAACUGGAGGAGAAAAGGCAACUGGAAGCGCAAAGGAAACGAGAACUGGAGGUGCAAAGACAACUGGAAGCACAAAGGCAGCGAGAACUGGAGACACAAAGGCAACUGGAAGCACAAAGACAUCAAGAACUGGAGGUGCAAAGGCAACUGGAAGAACAAAGGCAGCAAGAACUAGAGGCACAAAGGCAACUGGAAGAGCAAAGGCAGCGAGAACUGGAAGAACAAAAACAUCAGGAACUGGAGGAUCAAGAAGAAGAAGAAGAAGAAAAGAGACAUCAAGAAUUAACUGAGGAAAAAACACAUGAAAAGAUGUUACAGCAAGGAUGGAAAAACAGGCAAGAACAGGAGAAGCAAAAACAGCAGGAAGAAAAACAAGGGCACCAGCAGUUUGGAGGGCAGCGAAGACAAGGACAGGAAGAGCAAAUACAUGAGGCUGAAGAGCAAGAUGAUCUGAAACAGCAAGUACUGCAAGUGCAAAGAAGACCAACAGACCAUAGACAAAGAGAACUAGAGAAAAACAGAAAUCUAGAAGGUGAAGAAAGGUUGCAAGGGAAGGGAAGAGCCAUAAAACUAGAGCAGCAAAGUCCAGAAGAGCAACCACAGAAUCUGGAGGCAGAGAAAGUGAACAAGGAUAAACAAAAACAGCAAGAACUAGAUAGGUCAGCAGAGCAUGGAAAAUGUGAGCCACAGUCAUGGGCUGAGAAGAAGAUCCAACAGGAAGAGUUGAUAGAGAGGGAAGAGGGACAAAACAUGGAAGAACAGAAAACUCUAAGUUUAGAAGGACAAAAGCCAAUGGAAAAGACAAAUGAACAAGACAAAUCCUUCCAGUUGCCACUGGACAAAAAUAGGCAUUCAGAAGAACAACAUUUGGAAACCACAGUGGAAGAGCUUCCAUUUAAAGAAGAAGAUAACCAGCAAAAGAUAGAGCAGCCAGACAAAGGGCAGAAGGAAGUCGAAACCCUAAGGCACAAUCAGAAAAGGAACAUUGAAACUCAAGAGCAGGAAAGAAUCCUAGGUGAAGAGCUACGGUGGCAGGAAGUUGAUGCAAGGCAAACCAUGCCCAGGGGGUUUACUUUUCAAGUAUCCUCUGGAGAAAAACAAAUUAUAUUUCCUAAAGUAAAUCUGAGCCCAGUUAAUCCUAUCAAAGAGGUACCAACUCCUGCUGCUGCAAAAGAAGUGAUGACUCCUAAAUCCAGCAAAGGUUCUCACAGUCUCCCAACCUCCUUGAGUGUCCCACAUACAGCAAUUUUGGUUACCGGGGCACAGCUCUGUGGAACUGCAGUAAAUCUCAAUCAUAUACAAGAUACAGCUUGUAAAUCUCUACUUGGCUUAACAGAAGAAAGAAAAAUGGUGGAUGUGCCUCCAUCAGAAAACACUCAAAAAUUGUCUCCAGAUGCCAAGCGUAGAAAUAGUAAAAUGAAACAUGCUCAAGAGCCAUUGGGCAACCAGGCCACACUAGCUGAAUGGGUGUCGAUUAGGUCAAAAAUCUUAAAAAGUGCAGAAAGUAGUAAGCUUAAUGAGAGAGACAAAGGAAGCCUAAGUAGACACAGUGAUGAUUGGACACCUAAAAGGCAAAGUGCUUUCCAUGGUAAUUUACGUAAAACCUUAUCGGCAAAUGCAAAGUUUUCUAUAACUCCUGCAUGGCAGAAGUUUUCAGAAACCUCAAAGACUAAUACAAGUAGUGAGAGCAAGGUUGGUCCUGAAGCAGAUAACACAGCAAAGCAGGUGGGUCCAUCCAUUGUCAAUUCCACCCAAGAAACAGUUCAUACGGAGGCACUAUCAGGUACAGUGAAUAUACUUGGAGCACCUACAGGAAAUAUUGCAAUACAUCCCGAAGUGGCAGAUAACACAGAGGGUUGUAAGUUUGCCAAAGAUCUCCCAUCUUUUCUUGUUCCAGGUGUCCCACAUUCUCUAAGUAAAGAAAUUCCCCAGUCAGAAACUGCUGUUGCUGCAAUGGAAAUGCAACAGAAUGUUGCUAUGAGAAAACUGGACAAAGCUUCAUCAAAUGGAGAAGAAAAUGUGUCCCCAUUUGGGGUAAAAUUAAGAAGGACCAACUAUUCCUUGCGUUUUCACUAUGAUCAGCAAGCAGAGCAGAAGAAGAAGAAAAGAUAUAGCGCUGGAGACAGUUUUGAUGGUGUUCCCACCCCACUAAUUACACCUGACGAUGAGAAAGAUGCAAAUAAUAUAUUUUUAAAAGAGCAUAAAUCCCCUAGCCAAGAGAGAAAGGAUGCCAUUGUUAAUUCUGUCAAGAACCCUUUGACUAAUAUUAAUCAGAAUUAUACUACACCUGCCCCGGUAUCUCUCCCAGCUAGUAAUCAUGCAUCUGCACCUAGUCAAGAGCAGCCUGGCAGUAAAUCACCACUCCUACAAAAACCUGCGUUGGCUCCAAAGCCCACCAGUCCAACCCCACCCUCAUCCCCUCUCUCAAAAAUGCGCAGAUCUCACUUAACUGACUCCAUGGGACAUAGGGUGGCAAAAACUGAACCUGACACCAGUUGGAGAAAAACUGAAGCUAAAGGGAGCUGUCUGCUUUCACAAGCACAUGAUGGAAGCAAGAGUGAAGAGGAAGAGUCUAGGGAGAAGAAGUCGUUCUUCCCAUCCAUCGCUAUGCCAUGGAGAGAGAGAAUGGAGAAAAAGCCAGAACCAUUAAAAAAAGAAAGGCCGGUUCUUCAGAGCAGACAUUCCAUAGAUGGCUCCAAACUGAUGGAAAAAGCUGAAACUGCACAGCCACUCUGGAUCACAUUGGCUCUUCAAAAGCAGAAGGGUUUUCGAGAGCAGCAAGCAACUAGAGAGGAAAGAAGACAAGCCAGGGAGGCAAAGCAGGCUGAGAAACUUGCGAAAGAAAAUGCCAGCAUCAACAAUCAGACAGAUAAUAAAAGCAGUAGUAGCUGUAGGACAAGUCCACUGCUUAGACCCACAGCCCAGGAAGAGAAGAAAGUUGAGACUCCUAAGUCAAGGUUUGAACGCAGAGAGCAGCUUAAAAAAUCUAACACCCUUCCUACAUCUGUGACAGUGGAGAUCUCGGAUUCUGUUCCAUCAUCACCCUUGGCAAAAGAAGUCACCAAGAGAUUCUCUACACCUGAGGCUAAUCCAGUGUCAACAGAACCUGCCUGGCUGGCCUUAGCCAAGAGGAAAGCAAAAGCCUGGAGUGACUGUCCCCAAAUCAUUAAGUAAAUGAUACUAGUUCUGCUCUUUACUGUUGUUUAUUAAUUGCUCUCUCCUUUUAAAUAAUAUUUUCGUAUGACAGAACCAAUUAACAAAAUUAAGUGCUUAUCCUAAAGGAUAAACAUUUUUGUUUACCAUUUUCCCUAGCUCACUGUAGAUUUCAUCUACAUUGUAUCUAUUGCUUUGAGAAUCUAGGUACUCUGAAAGAGAGGAGUAGGCAUGAAACACAGCUUUCAUCCUUUUUAAAAAUAUAUGGAUGUUAAUAUUACUUUAUAUUACUUUAAGGAUUGGUGCUCCAGUGUUCCUAAAUUUUGGUAUGGAUUUCUAAUUGCCUUUUUGCAUAUGUUACUGCAAACAAUCCAGACAUUCCAGCCACUUAUGCUUUUAAAAUGAAUGUAUGGCACAUGUUGUUUCCAAUUUGGAGUUGAGAAUGUAAUAACAUUUACUGAGAAAUUUAAAAAUCUCUACUCGGGUGCAGGAUUUUGGAAGACCUGUCUUAUUAGUAAUAAGAUACAAUAUUUAUCUUUUAUUAGUGUUGCAAUAAUUAUUUUAAAGUCAUCACUUAAUUGAAUUUAACUUGUGACUGAAGAAAGCACCAAUAUCCCAGUCCUACCAUAAAGAGUUUGCAAUAUAGUAGUUACUCUCGGUUUGGAACUUUGAGCAGAUUACUCUGCUGUAAUAAGAACGCAUUAGGAUUUUUUCACAAAUUCAGUAGUUUGUUUAAAAAUAUUAAUUGGGACAAAUACUGCCUUUAUCAGAUGCUUCUAACAGGAAAUAUCCAUAAUGUAUCAGUUAAUUAACAUGCUGAAACUGGGUAACAUCAAAUGUGCAUUUUCCUACAAUAAUUCUCCAUAUGAUACUCCAGACUAUGCAGAGGCACUAAUGCAAAAUGCAUUAUGGUAUUUUCACUGGCAUCAUGUACAAAAGUACAUUGUGCUAGUAUAUGGUAACAACCUAUACACCUCCCUCUUUCAGUGAUUGGUAGGAUGACACAGGGAAAAAUAAUAGCAACAGAGUAUUAAAAGCACAUGUGAAGGCAAGAAGACCACAAAUCCUAAUCUGUCAAAAUAUACAUAAUUUAAAUACUAUACAAAACUCCGCUUAGCUGUGUAACUAUUCCUGUCCCUAAAUGGUUGCAUGUUAGGAACCCAAAAUAGUAACAAAAGACUACCAUACACCAGUUUGGUGAAAAUGGGGAAUUUUUGAACUGGCAGACUUCAUUCUUAUGAACCUUAGACUGCAUAUUCUCAGGAAAAUAAUUGUUUUCUGUACUUAAUUAGCACUUUGGUUUUCAACAUCUAUGCCGGCAUAUCUGCAUGUUAUGCCGGCCAAACAUCAUUUUGGCACUUUUGUUAAUGGCAUGCUUUGAAACAAUGUAGUUAUUGUUAGAUCCUCAGUACAGGAAGUCUUAGACCACACUUCAGAUUGUAAAACUGGUUAAAUAACAUUGCAGGGAUAAGUGUAAUUUCUUUGCAUGCAAGUCUUACUCCCCUUUCGAUCUUUAUCUCUAAAAUGUAGAGAAAACAGUGAUGUGUUUUCGUGGUUACUUUUAAAAUUGCUUAAAAUUCAAGGUUUGUGAAAUAGGUCUACAAUGCACUGAAUUCUAAUUGUUCCAGUGGGUAUGAACUCAUUUAAACAGAACUUCAGUUUAUCUAGUUUGUGAAUUAGACAGCAAGUUGGGUCUUCUAGCGAUUCCACAUAGAAUUAUGAACAAAAAGGUCUUAAAAAUAUCAUAAGAGGCAAAGUUGCAUUUUGCUUAACUAUAUGCUCACCAACAAGACCCCUCAUAGCACCACAUUUAUUUUGCCAGAAGGGGAGAACUCCAUAACUAAUCCAUGGAACAGCAUGAGAACUGCAGUUCUAAUCCAAAGUAUUAAAAAAUGGCAAGACAGCAGAUGUUGUUAAUGAAUAGGCAUCAUCCUACAGAAGGUCAGUUAUGUUUGUGUAAAAGCACAAAGAGAUUUGGUAGUUAUGUAGCUAUAGAAGGGCAGCUGGUCUGUGUGAUUAUUGGCCUAUCAGCAUUAUUUUUGGUUUCAUAUUUAAGUUCACACGAUAAACAUCUCUAAAGACUCAUCAGUUUUAGGAUUAUUAAAAACGUUUAAGGCAAAAUUGCUUUUAGGACUCAACAGAAAUUGAGUUAACCAGUUACCUGAAAAAUGAAGAAUGACUUAUUUUGUUUCCAAUUAAGUGAAGUCAUGAAGAAUUCAACCUAUAUAACAGUUAGGUAUGUCAAGGCCUUUCAUUUAACCCAUGGCACAAAUUCAUAUAAAAUAUCUACACCAUACAAGCAGUUUGGGCUCCUUCUGGCCACACAGUGGAACAGGAAGAUGUGCUUGUUUGUGGACGUCAAUCUUUUGCUCAUCCACAACUUUCUGAUGUCUAAUGGAGAGACAUCUAACCCACUGACACCAGAAGGAGCUGCUAUUGAAUGUGGGAAAGGUAGCAUGGAGUACAGCAUGUAUAGGAAAAAAGUAUGUACCUGCCCUGAUUAGUGCAAAAGCCUCCUAAGGGUGGUAUAAAAUAUAUUUUAAAGCGCAUUUACUCUACCUAUGAUUAAACCUGCAAUUGCAUAAACUGCAAUUAUAAUUUUGUUGCCUAUAAUCCAUUUCCAAGAUUUUUCUGGAAUGGGACAGCAGAGUAUGGGGAUGGUGGGGGGAAGAAGCUGGUGAGGUGGGUGGGGCAAAGCAAAGCAAAAUACAUAAUUUUAGGGGGAAAGGUCCUAUUUGCAUGAUAGAAGGGAAAAGUCCUACCAAAAUAAUUCUAGACACAUUGUUAGCAUAGAGCAUAUAAUUAGUAAAUAGUUCUAAAGCUUCAGAAGCAAAGUGUUUUCAAGCAUGAGGGUAUCUAGUGUAACUGAAACUAUAUUCAGAGGUUUCAGUCCAGGGAACCAAGAAAACCUGAAAGCUGUGCAUCCCCUGCUGCCAUUAAAAGGUUUAACAUGAAUGCCAUGAGCAUUGAUAGCGCUAAACAUACCUUAGAUAGUAAGGGACGCCUGGACUUAGUUGGAAGGAACUUUCCUUUCACCCUGGCUACCAUAUCACCAGUACAUCAGAGCUGAUAUGUUAGCUACACUGCAUGUUGUGUUACAUGUGUAGCUGUUCCUGAGGUGUUAGAUGCGGGGUCCUGUGCAGCACACUUUUGCAUUUAUAAUGGGAAACCCAUUUCCACUCAUGCAUCAGUCGCUGGAUCAGAGUUGGAGUAUAUACAAUAAUUGUUCGGAAACAUUUCCAAAAGCCUGUAUUUUCAACAUUGUCAUUUCAUGUAAAGUCAACUUGAAAAUUUUGCACUAAAUACCAAUGAAGUGUUACUUUGCUUAAGCUUUGUUGCAGCCUUUCCAAAUGAACAAACAUGAAAUGCAUUCAAAAACACUUUAAAACUGAUCAGGCCACUAGGUAGAAUACGGUCUCAACUUUUGGUGGUGGUAAUGAGGUAACUAAUAAACAAAUGCUCUGAACUACAGAAAGUGAAUCAUAUCCAAGUCCUGUUGGAAGUGAUAGGGUUUAAGGCAGUCAUGAAUAAGUUGUCUUAUUGAUUUCAACAGGAGCUGGGCAUCACUAACUUUUCUUAGCUUGGGAACAAAAUAUUUUUGAGGUUACAGAUGAUUAACCUCUAUUGUUCAUAUAGUGGUGUAUAAAAUUAUAAACAAAUGUAUAAUUGUGAGGUUUUGUUUUGUGUACUUUUUAAAUUUUUCAAAUGUUUUAAAGUGCAAUUGUUUCUUAUACUAAUGUCAUUUUAAUUCCUGUUAUAAUCUGCUGAAAAUUAUCAGAAGAUGUAUGUAUUCAUGGUCUUUUUGUUAAAAAUGUCAGUUUUAUCUUACAAGGAAAGCCUGAAUUGCUAUAGGAAUCUAAUUAUGUGUUUUUACCAACAAUAAAACCUGAGUAAAAUGAUCGAUAACUACGGGAUAUAUUAGUGCAAUUUCUCUUUUCAGUUUUUCUGAUCGUCAGAUUUUAAUGUAAAUGGUUCA